GGAACAUACAAUACCAAAACAUUGGUCGAAAAAAUUAAAAUCCAUUCAAAAAAUUGUAAUUUAAAAUGGUUUUCACAUCAGUUGUGAACUUUGUGAGAUCUCGUGGGCCCGACGAGUUCUGGCGGAAGCGUAAAAUCUUCAAAAUGGCAGCUCAUUACUACGGAAGACCGAGAAAUUGUUAUUCGGUUACAAUUCGAGCUGUUCAUCGUGCUUUGGUGUAUGCCACACAAGGUCGAAAGCAAAAAAGACGUGAUUUUAGGGAGUUGUGGGAACAACGCAUCACUGCCGGCGCACGUCAGCACGGAUUACCGUACGAAGAAUUCUCGGAAAAUCUCCUGCGGAACAAUAUUUUGCUGAAUCGCAAGUCGUUAGCUGAUUUGGCGUGUUGGGAACCCCGAUCUUUCGAGGCUUUGGCAAAAAUAGCAGCAAAUACGCCAAAGGGACAUGUGCCUAAGUAGUGAUAAAAAGUAGAUUUUAAAUAAAAAUUUAGUAGAAUACGAUUUUUUUUGU